CAAAAAUAAAGGCACAGGUGGUUUUAGUUCUUAACAGUGCUGGCAAGAAUCAAGAUACUAAGCUUGCACUCCAUCUUCAACCUUUAUUCCCUACUCCCUCUCUCUCGCUUUGACAUUUUAAACAGCCAACUCCCAUGCUUGGAUGUUUAGAUGGCUUCACCUUCAGUUCCCUCCACCUUACGUUUCUGCACAAAUUUCACUCCAUUUCUGGGUGUAACAAAGAUUUCUCAUGAAUUUGGCCCAAGAAUGAAGCUGCGCCAUGCAAAUUUGUCACAAAGCAUUUCACAACCAAUACAUCUCAUCCGCGCGGCCCACGACUUGGGGCCGCAAGAGGAACACAGAGCUCUCGAAACAGUGCUCAAGCUCUAUGAAGCCAUCAAAAAUAGAAAUGCCAAUCAACUUUCAGAAACAAUAGCAGAAGAAUGCUCCUGCGUUUCCAACUUUGUCUCCGCCUUCCAACCUUAUCUUGGUAAGAAGCAAGUCAUGGCUUUCUUCUCAUCUCUGAUGAAAUACUUGGGGAAUAACAUAGAAAUUGUGGUGCAACGGACCUUGGAUGAAGGGAUGGUGGUUGGUGUAUCCUGGAAACUAGAGUGGAAGAAGGUCCCGUUGCAUCUCGGGAAAGGCUUCAGCUUCUAUACAUGCCAUGUUUACCAAGGCAAGGUCAUGAUAAGGAAUGUGGAGAUGUUCCUGGAGCCAAUACUUCACAUGGAGCCACUAAGACUGGAACUGAUAGCUUUGGCGAUGGCUGCGGUAGACAAGCUUAAUCCCCAGCUUAUGUUGAAGAAGAGGGAAAGAAAGGUUAUAAUCAUUUUGUUCAUCCUUCUCUUCGUGGCGGCACUGGUAUGCUCAUUCAAAUAACGGACCACCUAUGCUUCGGCAUUUAUCAUCUCUCAUAUUGUAUUUGCACACUAGUUAGUCCUUUUGAACACUAAAUUUCAACAUAAGAAAGCAAGGCAUUAGAA